CUGCGCAAUCAGGCAGCACAAAACAAAGAGAAUCCAACAGCUUCCUGAGGCUCAGGAGUGGACACUACAGCUUUGACCACCUAAGGCACCACUCCUGCUCCAAAGCUUGUAACUCCGUUUGUCAUUCUGAGGUCUGCUUAUCCUGUACCCCAAGGAUGGAGCCAGUGCUAGAAGUAAAAAUUGGCUGCCUCUUUGCCAUGCUGGUUGUCACGCUGGUUUGUGGCCUUAUUCCUAUCUGCUUCAAAUGUUUCCAGAUUGAGACAUUCAAAGGUAUAGCCCUUCUCCUCUUGAGCUGCGUUUCUGCAGGCAUUUUCCUGGGAGCAGGUUUCAUGCACAUGACUGUUGAAGCCCUGGAGAAUAUUGAAUUCGAGAUCCGGCAGCUCCGGGUGAAGAACAGGACAGAGAGUGGGGGAAAUUCUUCUGGAGAUGCUAAUUCAGCUUCUAAGGAAUAUUCCUAUGGAGGGCUCAUCAUCUCCCUGGGCUUCUUCUUUGUCUUCUCUUUGGAGUCGCUGGCAUUGCAGUGCUGUCCUGAAGCCAUUGGAAAACCAAAAGUGCAGGAGGAGGAAGUGAGUGAGGCUCAAAUCCAUGGAUUCCACAGCCACGAACCCUCACCCUCACCCUCACUCUCACGGAAGCCCUUUCGAGCCCUCAUUCUCUUGCUCUCACUCUCCUUUCACUCAGUGUUUGAAGGUCUGGCUGUGGGGCUGCAGACAACCGUACCAACUACCGUGCAGCUCUGUCUUGCUGUCCUGGCUCACAAGGGGCCCGUGGUGUUUAGUGUAGGACUGCGGCUGGUGCAGAUAGGCACUGCACCACGAUGGGCCAUGUUCUGCAUACUGUCAUUUGCUCUCAUGUCCCCCCUGGGCAUAGCCUUGGGGCUGGCUGUGCCUACAGGGGACUCAGAAGUGGGGCACAGCUUAGCCAAGGCUGUGUUAGAGGGUGUUUCAGCUGGUGCCUUCUUGUAUGUCACCUUCCUAGAUAUUUUGCCCAGGGAGCUAGCUGCUCCUGAGGCCCCUAUGCUCAAGUGGGCCUGUGUAACCGUUGGUUUUGCCUUCAUGGCCUUAAUUGCCUUGUGGGCCUGAGAGAUUCCUGACUUUUUGAUGGAUCCAGGAGACACCUCCCAAAAGGCUUUGGUCCUCAGACAUUUCUCCACUGAGACUAAGUGCCAUUCCCUGGGCAUCAUCCCCAUGAACUGGAUCCCAGCCUCUCCUACGUGAGAUCCCAUUGCUCAUCCAGGACUGAGAAAGGGACGUUUAUUUUAGGUUGAGUGCCUAUACUUUGGAGAAUUGAUAUAAAGACCAUCACUGCAGAUUUGACUCUUGUUCCAUUUUUGCUACUGUGUGUAAUAAAUGUCCAUUUUACCCUCC